AUGGAUGUAUAUGGCACAGUCUUGCAGAAGAACAAGAGUGAGAUGACCGUAUCUGCCAUUUGUUGGAUCUGUGGUUGGCCAGGCCCUAUCCCGGAAGAGCUUGGGGAGGGGCUCAGCAACCUCCAAUCGAUGUCCGUUGGGCAGAACAAGCUCACAGGCGCGAAGGAGGCCGAAAAGGAUCUCAAGCCCGACCUGCACCCAGAGUGCCGCACCGACUUCCUCCCUCAACAAGAACCGGAAGAGGAAGAGGAAGUAGAGGAAGGAGAAGAAGAAGAAGAAGACGAAGAACAGCCUCUGGAGGAAGUCGAAGGCGAGCUGCAAACCGACCUCAUUGUUUGACGCGCAUCAAGAGGACUGAGCUGCACGCGGCCUACGUGAGUGGUUUCUUCAAGCUGGACGAUUUCGAGAUGGGGGUAGUAUGAUGGGUCACUCCCGUGAACCACGGGCAGGAAGAUUAGUGGUCACCGAGCCACCGUGUGUGUCGUUGCUUUUAGCAUCCAAGGUAAAUUAUUCUAAAGGCCAUGUCCUGCGGCCCCGUGA